UGGUAACCCGAGAGACAAGACUAUUUAUGUUCCGGUUUUAGUUUCGUCUGUAUGAAAUUCUGUGCGUGUGCAAGGGACCGUGUACCCAGUUACCACUUCAUGUCAAAAACAGUGAUUUAAGUCGGAUGCAGGACCAAUAUGCCUCAGCCUGCUCUUCAAGACCCUCGGUCUUAUAUCAAGGCCCAGCGACUCCCACUGCCCUCACAUGUUGGGUCCAAGAUCGAGACAAGGGGCACCAGCGAUUACAGGGCCGCCUCCCCAAUGCGAAUCGAAGUGAGAAAUGAUAACUAUUUUCGUCGCCUCCAACAGAUGAAAACCAUGGGAUUUAAUGCUGUGAAGCACGAGGCAUAUAUAGGCAUUGGUGACCCUUUCUACCUGGACGAGAGAAAACUAAUUCUAAAUGCUCUCGGACAACUUGAGGAGUCAAAAGAUAUGGAGACGAGUAGUAGUUCUGAUGAAGAUGACGGGGAACCUGCUGCAGAUGCUGCUCAUAACAAAGGAAAAGGGGUGUCGGCCGCUAAGUUUGUACUGAGACGAUCAAGGAAAGACCUUAACACACUGAAACAGGAAGUUUUCCAUAGCAGAAACUUGAUUCGUAAUGUGAGACUUGGACAUGGCUUGUUUGACUUGAUAAAGAAAGAACGAGAAGCCAAGCAAGAGGAAGAGGAAAAACAAAACAAACGUAAAGCUGAGGCAAUGAGAAACGAGUGGCAACCUCCUAAAACAGAUUCGUCCAGUGAUGACGAGAGUUCCGAUGAAGGUCUUCUCGCAGAGGAAGACCUCAGCAGAUACAUGGCGGAGUUCAGAAAACAAGACAGUGACGACGAUGAUGAUUUUGGGGGAGGUAACAGGUCCGAUGAUGAGACUCCGGAAGGGAAGGGCCUAGUUCAGUUGUUGUCACGGAUCACACAGGUAGAUGAGGAGUCCGAAAUCCCCGCCAGUAAAUCCAUCAUGACUACGUCACGGCCGGAGAGCACCAAGAAAAAGAAAAUAAAGAUGCCUCGUCCAUACACACCCCAUCAUACUAACAUCAGCGAGGCACGCGACCAGGUGUCCAAAGAGUCACUUUUCAGACAACUAUGCACACUAAACUGGAUACUGGAUGCCAUGAAACAGGAUUCUCUGCAAAAUCUCCCUCCAAUCAUGUCUAGCUGGAAGCUCAAUGAUAUUGGUGGGAUGAGAUGCCAAGAACAAAAGUCCAGGGAGAAAGAGUUUGAUGGUAGAUGGAAAGACUUCUUGACAAACCCAGGCUCAAGGAGAAGGAGAAGACGAGGACUUUGGGCAAAUCCCCUACAACACUUGCAAAUGUUGAGCGUAGUGGAUACAUUUAAAACAUUUGGCAUUCAAAAUUUAGAAACCAAUAUAAGUAAGAGCCAGCGCCGCAAUGCUCCUGGAAGAGGAGGGACCAAGCGAGGUUGGUUGACGUCCAAAAACUCCACUGGACUGACCACACCCACUACCGCUAUGGGAUCUCUCCGGCUGGGUGCCUCACAUGACUCAAACCACGAAGAAGCAUCGGUGUUGUCUUCACGUCCAGAGUUCGAGGAAGAUGAGGAACAUCCUCAUAAAAGCCUCUUUAAAUUUGGGGAGAACCAUAAUGCUAAUAGUGGUCAUCGGGAGGAUGAAACUGAUGGUCACCAAGGACGUAUAGAUGAUACGCAGAACGCAAACUCUGGUCAACGCAAGAAGGAAAAAAGAUCCUCCGAUAUGGAAACAACGAUACGAAGGAAGUCAGCCAGGCUAAAAGCCACAGAAAUGUCGAAAAGUGUAGAAAAAGACAGCUUUAGAAAUUCCCAGACGCCAAGAGAAAGAAUGUCAGCUCAAACAUAUCGUGCAGAGAUCAAUGUGAGACCAAAGAGUUCUCCCCUGUUGCUCCAAUUCCAAGCCAAUCGCCCUAGUAUUAAGUACGGCAACCGAGUCAGUGAAUGGAACAACACCUUCAGAGAAAUGCAGGAGGACAAAGCCCUUACCCUGCACGACACCUUGGAAAAUAUGGAUAGACAGAAGAUGUCUAUUUGUCAGAAUAAGUUCGUCGCCAUUAAUACAAACCAACAGGAACAUUUCCACCGAGCAGUUCGUCAGAUGAGGGCACGUAGCGCGGCCUGUAUGUAUGGCAGCCCCACCAAGGAACAGAUCCAAAGGAAAAAGGAUGAAGCGGAGCAGAACAAAGGCAACUGGUAUUCAGAAUUGUUGAAAAACAUUCCUGGAGAACUGCAAGCCAAAUGGGAAUACAAAAACAUCAUGUUCAAAUUAGCAAGAUAUGGAUUGCAAGAUGAUCACAAGAAACGAAGGAGAAUGGAAGGUUCGGGUCAGCAGCACAGCAUGCUCAAAUUCAUCAAGGUACUGGGAACUCUACGCGAAUGGGAGAUAUGUAGUCCCGACAUCAGCGCUGCCGUGGAGUUCGCGCGGGAAAAGAUAAUUGAUAUGAGCAUAGAAGAUUUUGAAGCGUGGUUCCAAACUCAAUUUCCAAAGGUAGUACGACCUCAAACUGCGCCACCUAGGAGCGAGAAGAAGGAUGAAAAUGACAAGAGUCGGGAUGGCCGAAGUAGUGUUGUAAGGUCCUCUUUUACUGUACGAAAUGCGCAGUCUGCUUCUGUGAAAGGCAGAAACGGGGCACCCCCGUCAGCUAAAAACAGGAAUGCCAAAUCUGCAGUGUAUAGACGAUGACGCUUUACAAUAUACACAGUAUUACCUCCACAAACUUUGUCAUCUUGUCACUGCCAAACGAGGUGUGGUCAAGAUUUUAAUAUUGUUAAAGCUUAAAUAUAGUUAUCUAUCGCCUUAAAAUACCCGUUCAGAUCUAGAACGGUUCACUGAUAGUGAGUUAAUACUUUAAAAUUUUGGAUGGUAAUUGAAUUAUACAUACGUCAUUUGUUGUUCAUUUUACAAAAAUGUGCAUUUAGUCGGGCCUUUUUUACGUUUAUACACUGGUUAACGUUUCAUUAGAAAAUGUUUAAUGAAUCCGGGGCUCCUUGUUUUGAUGAUAUCUAUAUGCUUAAGUCAGUGCUGAAAUAUAUUUAGUAUUUUUAAAGUUAAAAUUAGUAGCUAGUUAGGAAAAGAAUAUUUUAUUUCAAUUUGAAAUAGUUUUAAUCUCAAAUUCGUGAUUUAAAACAUGACAAGUCAUGCUACGGUAAUUUGCCCAACAAUCAAAGCAGAUAACAUGAAAACAUGCUUCAUAUGAUAGUGUAAGAGAAAAUGAUACAAAAGAGGUGUCAUUUACAAAGGAAACAGUCCGACUGCUAUUAAUAGGUAUGGAUAUUACCUGAACUUAAUAAUUAUUUUUAUAGACAUAAGCAAUGUAGGACGAAGAAACAUUAAAGUGGGAAUACCAUAGCGAUAUCAAACACUUCCAUAAUCCAAUAUUAGGAAUACUGUUAUGAUAAUGACUUUUAAGACAUGUUACUAUGACUAACAAUGGUGUAUUACCUGUAAUAUCAUAUUCAAUAAUAUUUUAUUGACAUUAAGAGUCACCAAUUGCUAAAAUGAAGUUUUACAUAGAUAGUUUAUAAUUCAAGGACAUACUUUUAAUCCUUAAAAAUCUCUAGUUUAUAUCUUUACAAAUACUACAUACAAUGUUAAACUAGAGGAGCGUGAAGACUCCCCUCUAACUACUGCCAACUGAAGUGUACAGAUCGAUUAUAGAGUUCGACCUCCGUUUAUAUUGGUGUUUUAGCUCUGGUCGCCAAAUUGCCAACCAACGUUAUUUGUUCUACUGUGAUAUUAUCACUUGUUGCUCAAUGUACUACCAUUGAUGGUGACCAAUAUUGGUACGGUUUGUCUGUGAUAUUUUUAACGUGCUGAUUUGUAUUGAUUCAAUGGUUAACUGACUAAUUUUAAGGAGCUAUGAUCUGUAUCAACCAUGAAAUGUUAGACUAUGAAAUACGUUUUAUCCAGUAUAUGUUGCAUUAUUGAACGUUUUGAUUUAACUGAUGUACAUAACUUGAUAAAACCCUAUUUAUAUAUCAUCAGGUUACAGGCAUUUUUAUAGAGGUUUGGUGAAAAAUUAACAGCUUUUAUGUUUAUUGCUGCUACGUAAUACUAUCAAACCUGAAAAAAGUACACCAAGUUAAUUAUUCAGCAAUGGUAUAUCAUUACAGUUCUAUGGAUAGGCUAUGUUUUAUGUUGGUGAAAGGUUUUAUUAUUAGUUAUUAUUUACAUCAAUUAAUUCAUAUUUAGGUUUUAGACUAGUCAGAAAUGCUGUGAUUACUUGAAGGUUUAAUUUGGUACUAUGUUAUGUCUUGAAUUAUUGGAUAAAACAAUACAUUUUUUUGUAUUACCUUUUUUCUUUCCGUGACAGAAAUGACAAUUCGAUCGAUAGUUGGUGUGGUUAUUGUGAAGGAUACCGUACAAAGCCUUAUGUAAAUACGCUGUUAUAUCUAUGAACCAUUUAUAUAUGUAUGUAGGUUAUAUGUCAUUGAUUGUUUGUAAAAUGUCAAAAAGAAGUCUACGGAAGCUUCGUUUCUCAUGCCAUUGUUAUUGAAGACUUUUUGUUGGGAAUGUGGGAUAAUUAAUAUGUAGAGAAAGGGAUAUUCCUUACCGUUUUGAUAUCCAAAUGUAUUAUUAUUACUGAUAGUAAAUUUCCAUUAUUGAUGGUACAUUCCCAUUAUUGGUGGUACAUCCCCAUUACUGGUGGUACAUCCCCAUUACUGGUGGUUAAUCCCAUUACUGGUGGUACAUCCCCAUUACUGAUGGUACAUCCCCAUUACUGGUGGUACAUCCCCAUUACUGAUGGUUAAUCCCAUUACUGGUGGUACAUCCCCAUUACUGGUGGUACAUCCCCAUUACUGAUGGUACAUCCCAUUACUGGUGGUACAUCCCCAUUACUGAUGGUUAAUCCCAUUACUGGUGGUACAUCCCCAUUACUGGUGUACAUCCCCAUUACUGGUGGUUAAUCCCAUUACUGGUGGUACAUCCCCAUUACUGAUGGUUAAUCCCAUUACUGGUGGUACAUCCCCAUUACUGAUGGUACAUCCCCAUUACUGAUGGUACAUCCCCAUUAGUGAUGGUUAAUCCCAUUACUGGUGGUUAAUCCCCAUUACUGGUGGUACAUCCCCAUUACUGAUGGUACAUCCCCAUUACUGAUGGUACAUCCCCAUUAGUGAUGGUUAAUCCCAUUACUGGUGGUACAUCCCCAUUACUGAUGGUACAUCCCCAUUAGUGAUGGUUAAUCCCAUUACUGGUGGUUAAUCCCCAUUACUGGUGGUACAUCCCCAUUACUGGUGGUACAUCCCCAUUACUGAUGGUACAUCCCCAUUACUGGUGGUUAAUCCCAUUACUGGUGGUUAAUCCCCAUUACUGAUGGUACAUCCCCAUUACUGAUGGUUAAUCCCAUUACUGGUGGUUCAUCCCCAUUACUGGUGGUACAUCCCCAUUACUGAUGGUACAUCCCCAUUACUGGUGGUACAUCCCCAUUACUGAUGGUUAAUCCCAUUACUGGUGGUACAUCCCCAUUACUGGUGGUUAAUCCCAUUACUGGUGGUUAAUCCCAUUACUGGUGGUACAUCCCCAUUACUGAUGGUACAUCCCCAUUACUGAUGGUUAAUCCCAUUAUUGAUGGUACAUUCCCAUUACUGGUGGUACAUCCCCAUUACUGAUGGUUAAUCCCAUUACUGGUGGUACAUCCCCAUUACUGAUGGUACAUCCCCAUUACUGAUGGUUAAUCCCAUUACUGAUGGUACAUCCCCAUUACUGAUGGUUAAUCCCAUUACUGGUGGUACAUCCCCAUUACUGAUGGUUAAUCCCAUUACUGGUGGUACAUCCCCAUUACUGAUGGUACAUCCCAUUACUGGUAGUUAAUCCCAUUAAUGACGGUACUAUACAUUCCCGUUAUUAUUUGUACAUUCCCGUUAUUGGUUGUACGUUCCCGUUAUUGAUAGUACAUUCCCAUCAUUGAUAGUUUACUUCAUAUCAUUUUUGUGGUUUGAAUGUAUUCAUUAUUGAUUGUAUAAUGUUUUUGUUAUUCAAGGUAGGAUGCGAUUCCUUUUUGAUGUUAUGCUUUACAUGUAUGUAUUUUGUAUGUAACUGUGCUAAAUACGUACGAAUGAAUUUGUUACCUUAGAUGAUUAUCUGCCAGAGAUUAGACACAAGCUUCUGACAGCCAAAGAAUUCUGUAUAAACUCAAUAUGUAACUCCUGCUAGACUGUGAUGGUCACAAAAUAUUUUCUGUAUUGAAAAUACAACAAAUGAAAAAUAAUUUAUAUCUU